UUCCUUAUCUCGCAAGAAGGUGGAUACUUAUUAUUCGAGAUAGAUUCCACUGAACUUCAUUCAGUCAAGUCACUUACAACCCAUUGAAGAAAUAUUCCCACAUUUCUGGAGAAUUUUUUCAAGGAACGUUAAAAAUGGAAGGCUUUUUCACAACGAUUGCAAUUCUUCUCGUGGGUCUUGGUUCCGCACUGUCUUGGGGUCCAGGAGGAGUUCCCUUCCAUUAUUCGGACACUUCACUACCUUCCGGCCCCCGUUUGCGACGCCAAUAUCCAGGCGGACCUUAUCAAUACUCGCCUUACACGGAUUACGUGUAUUCAGCCCCCAUAAUUCCACGCGCGUCUGCCUCUGCUCGGGCCAUAGCCUCAUUUCUCGCCGCAGAUGACGUUACCUAUUGUCCACCCAACAAUCCUCGUUGGAACAAGAGACAGUGUCUGAAAAUCGUGCAGGAAACUGUGGGGAACAAGAUCACGACGAAUCUUGAGAAAUAUUUCUUGCCGACGUAUAUUCAACACAACCCCACCGUUGCAGAUGGGCUUGAAGCGUUCCGAGAAGCGCUUAGUCCUGGAGGUCUUUUGUUCGGUCCCAGGGAGCAAAUUGACUUUCGUGCCGUGGGCGCUGAUGGCGACCUGGUUUGGCUGCAUGCUAGGAGAAUUCGACCAAACGGGGAUGUCUUUGCUCAUUUAGACCUGUAUCGAUUCGAAUGUGGGAAAAUCGCGGAACAUUGGGACGUAAUCCAACGCGCCGACGAAAGCGCACCUGCUGAAAAUGACCAUCCUUUCUUUUGAUGUGAAAACGAGUAAUAAUCUGUCUACAAAUGUGAUGUUAGUUGUGACAUAAUAUUUGCAUGAUGAGGCGUUCAUUGAGCUGUUAGUAUAAAAUUUUGUAUUCCGAAAAAAGUUGGUUUGUUGAAUAAAAAAAUGUAAUUCGCGAAUGAUAAAUGUAA